UCAAACUCCCGGAAGCAGCCUCAGCGCGGCGCCGGGUUCGAACGGGGUGCGGCAUUGCUCUUGUAGCCGCGUUGUCAAGAGGCUCUCCAAGGCAAACGGAGCCCAUCUCCGGCCCCUUCCAACUGUGGGAGCUCCGAGGCAUCUUGGCAGCGGAAACUGAUCUGCCUCUUUCCUGUUACGUGACAGGCAGGCUGCCAUCAGAUCUUGGGGAGCUUAAAAAAAACCUAAACAUGACAUCCAAAGCCACCAGUGAGACUAAUUUCAUCAAGUGGAAGCUAAAAUCUGGAGAUUCCAAAUCUGACACUGAGUUGCAGAUAUAUAAGAAAGAGAAUGCAGCCCUGAAAAAAUCUCUGGAAGAAAUCAUUAAGGGCAAAGGCAAAAUGACAUCUGAAGAAAAAAAAAGGCUCCUAGAGAAAAUACUUGCCCUUGAAACAGAAAAUGAAAAACACAAGAGCGUUCUUGGGGAGAAAGAUAAAGAAAUCCGACACCUAAAAGAUGAGCUGAAGAAAAGAAGCAAAAGUGGAGAUCUUGCCAAUCUGCAUAACCAACUGGAAGAGAAAAACAUUCAAGUUGCAAAAAGGGAACAGCUGCUGACUUCUGUCUUGGAAGAGGUGGAGCGUCUGAAAAACGAGUUAGCUACAAAGUGUGCAGAGCUCGAAAACAGAGCCGGAGCUGUUCAGGUUUCCCAGGAAACUGGACAACAAAGAAAUGUGAAUGAAGUUGAAAUCCAACUCAAAGAUGCCCUGGAGAAAAACCACCAAUGGCUGAUAUAUGACCAGCAAAGGGAGACCUAUGUUCAGGGCCUCUUGGGAAGGAUCUUUGAACUGGAACAGCAGAUUAGAACUACUCACCAACAGGAAGUCAAAGAAACCCAGACAGAAGAACAGCAGAUGCAUUACAUACAGCAGUUGGCAGCUGCCCGAAAUGAUGUCGAGAUAGAAAGGCUUGCUGUAGCCCAGUUGCAUUCUGAGCUUGAUGCAUUCAAAAAGAGGCAUGAUGAAACCCAGCAAGAGAUGGCACACUUAAACGUGAUGAAGGUGGAACAGCAAGCCAACAUGCAGACUCUCCAGGAUGAAAACCACUCCAAAGGAGAGAUAAUACAGAGGCUUACUGAUGAAAACAAACUAGCCAGAGAAAAGCUUGAAGAAGAAAGGAAAAGGACUGAAGCGCUUGUCUCUCAGGUUGAAUUGCUUCACAGAGCUCUCUUAAGGCAGCAAGAGGAGAAUGACAGGAUAGCAGCUUUGGAACAGCAGGUCCAGGCAUGUACGUUAGACUUUGAGAAUGAAAAGGUUGAUCGCCAGAACUUGCAACAUCAAGUGCAUAAGCUCCUUAAGAAGCUGCACAAGGCAAGAGAGCAGAGCACACGACUUGAGCCCAUGAAGCUCCCAGAACCUACGCGUAUAGAAGUCCUGCAUAAUUUCCAGGCUGCCUUCGAAGACAAGAUGGUAAUACAAGAAGAGCAUUCUUCACCUACCAAUCUUCAUGAUGAAAGUUUCUUGGAAUGCCCUAAAUGUAAAGCACUCUAUCCUACAAGCCAACACAGGGAGUUAUUAGUCCACAUUGAUUUCUGUGCAGUUUAAAUAACGGCUUACAGUUUACAAAGGACUGCUGUUUUACAUAUGAAAUAAAACACUGUACAAAACAUGGUUUUAAUUAAUAAAACCAAUCUUAGCAAUGAUCCUGAAGGCAGCAAAAAAAUGUUUCUGUUUUAGACCUAUUCUAAACUACUGAGUGUAUUUGCACUGUGUACAGACCUGUAGAAAAGUUUUAGCUGACUUGUCUUAUUUUGCAUGGCUUUCUAAUUGUUCAGGAAAAAAAUUGCCAGACAUGUCUAUUGCAAUCUGAGAAUAUACCUAGUUUUAUAUGAUUAGAAUAAUAUAUAACUGCUUUGACCUGCCUCCAAAGUGCUUUUCACAAUGUUAGUGUCUUGAGACCUUCAAGCAUUUGCUGGAAGAAAGAAAUGUGUCAGUUCUGAUUGCUGUGGAGGGAGUGUAGUGCAGAAUGGGUUCUGACAGGCAAAGCAGAAAACAUAGGGAGCAGUCCAUUUUUCAACUUCCAUUAAAUGCUUUUUGCAUGUGUGGGGAAAGAAACAGUGAACUCAAAUGUGAAUGCAUCAGGAUACUUCUUGUUUUUGUUGUUGUCUUUAAAAACACACACACACACUCUCCACUCUUAGCAUUCUGGUAUCCCCAGAUAAAAGCAAGGGAUGUAAUACCUGUUUUAAAAAAAUGAUUUACUUAUCAGCAAUAAAAUAAAAUCAGCGUUACCAGUUUGUCUACCCAUGA